CGGCAGGGGCGGGCGGGCCGCGAGCCUCGCUGUGGGAGCGGGCGGUCGCGGCAAGAUGGCGGUGGCGGGCAGAGGUGCUGCGGCCGUGAAGCCCAUCUUCAGCCGGGACCUGGGCGAGGCCAAGCGGCGCGUGAGGGAGCUGUACCGCGCGUGGUACCGCGAGGUGCCCAACGCGGUGCACCUGUACCAGCUGGACAUCACGGCAAAGGAGGGCCGGAACAAGGUGCGGGAGCUGUUCAUGAAGAACGCCCAUGUGACGGACCCGCGGGUGAUCGACAUGCUGGUUAUUAAGGGGAAAAUGGAUCUCCAAGAAACCAUAAAUGUAUGGAAGCAGAGGACUCACGUCAUGAGGUAUUUUCAUGAGACGGAAACCCCGCGACCUAAAGACUUUCUGUCCAAAUUCUAUGAAGGCCACGAUCCAUGAGACUGACUCUGUGUCUUCCUGUCUUGUAUUACAAAUAAAGUUCUACAUAAUAGAAAAAAUCUGUACAGACAGAUUGUAUAGCAGCCUAGGAGCCUAAUGGCUAAAUCUGAAUCCGGUGUAUGUGCAAGCUGUUAUGCUAGCUAUAGAAAGUUGAUUCCUGGUUUCUAGGAGUGUGUAUUUCCAGCAAGUGGAGUUUGUCCCUUUGCGUAUCCUGGAGCAUCUGAAUAACCACAGCAGCCCGGUUGUUGAGCUCCAGCUGCAGCAGUGUAUGGAGGCAGCAGCUCCUUGGAAGAGAGCAUACAAGAGUGGGCCUCCUGAAAGCCAUUGUGGCUGCCAAAGUAUUGUGCUUGAGACCUGCUCAUAUUCAUGCUGUGACUUUGUUGACCUCGUGUUUGACACUGUUCUCUGUUUACUUCCUAGCAGAGAACGGCUUGAAAUCCAAAAGGCCAAUAAAGCACUCUGUACCAUAAAAA